AGACCCUAACUGAUAAAAAAAGUAAAAAGUUAUAGAGUUUGUAGAGUGAGUUGGGGGAUGGUUGAUGGGUCUAUUUUUGUGUCCUAAAAUACCCAUCUGCUAGACCAACCCAACUUCCAUUUUCUGCAACUCUCCUCCUUCGUUUCUCAAAAAAUUAUAUCAAAGAAAAACUAAAAAGACUAGUGAUUGAACUUCAAGAAAGAAAGAAAUCCUUAGCCUUUUUUUUGAAUCCUUAUUCAUAAUUUUCUGCCUUUUGCCCCAAGAAUUUUUGCAAUCAGGGAAAGAGAGAAAGGGGGAUAUGAUGGAGUUCCGUAAUCAUCAAGCACCGGAAAGCUCAUCCCAUAGAAAAAUGGGAAGAGGGAAAAUCGAAAUUAAACGAAUCGAAAACACUACGAAUCGACAAGUUACAUUCUGCAAGAGACGCAAUGGGCUGCUUAAGAAAGCCUAUGAAUUGUCUGUGCUUUGUGAUGCUGAAGUUGCCCUCAUCGUCUUCUCUAGCCGCGGCCGCCUCUAUGAGUAUGCUAACAACAGUGUUAGAGCAACGAUUGAAAGGUACAAGAAAGCCUGCUCGGAUACAUCUAACACUGGAUCUAUUACUGAAGCUAAUACUCAGUUUUACCAACAGGAGGCCUCAAAACUAAGAAGACAGAUCCGCGAAAUUCAGAAUCUUAAUAGGCAUAUAUUGGGUGAAGCUCUUAGUACUUUGAACUAUAAAGAACUCAAGAAUCUGGAAGGAAGAUUGGAGAAAGGAAUCAGCAGAAUAAGAUCCAAGAAGAAUGAAAUGCUGUUUGCUGAAAUAGAGUUUAUGCAAAAGAGGGAGAUGGAGUUGCAAAACCAUAACAAUUAUCUGAGAGCAAAGAUUGCAGAAAAUGAAAGGGCAGAGCAACAGCAAACCAAUUUGAUGACAGAAACAGCGUAUCAUGACUCCAUUAAUAAUCCUUCACAAUCCUUUGAUCGACACUUCCUCCCUGUAAACCUCUUGAACUCCAACCACCACUACUCUCGCCAAGACCAGCAGACAGCUCUCCAACUUGUUUGAAAAAGGCAACAAGCUAGAGCAUUUGGUUUUGAAGGCUUAUGAUCGGUUCCUUUUCCCCUGCAGUUUUUCUUAUUUUUAUGUAAUAUUUUGUUAGUUUUUGAAUUAAUAUGUAUAGCUAGGUGAGAAAGAGUGGGUCACAAUGAGGGCCAUUAGAAUUUUCUCUCUUAGCUACUCUCUCUUCAAGUCGAACUGUACUACACCAUAUAAACUAUGCCACCCAAAUUCUAAAAUAUCGUGCCAACAUAUUUAAUUUCUCCAAUCCAAAAUUAUAUCUCCA